AUGGAUUUUCUUCAAGUAUACGGCACAAUUCUCAUCUCAGCAUAUUCAAUCACUACUAUAUUGAUUCUGUGUAAGCUGAGUCUGGGUCGUUUGCCACACAUGUACAUUCGAUUGAUCGAAUACUUCCAAGAUAGUUUAACAAUUAAUAAGAAUAUGGAUAUAGAUAAUAACAACAGCCAUACAAUAUGUGUUGCCAGAGACCAUUUGACUCCAACAUAUUUUAAAAAAUAUGAAGUGAACGAUUCUCUGGACGCCUCCAUUCAUCUUCUGUCCAAUGGAAUUCAAAGCAUUCUACAAGAUGAUAUAUCACGCCCUUUCCUCUCAGCUCCUGCUCAAGGCUGGUGGUUAUUGUCUUGGCCAACAUACUUUUAUUAUGAGCCGAUACCUUAUCAGCUUAUCUCCUUUUACAUUCUCGGAUUUGUCUUCAGAUGGUUCUUCCUAUUCCCAGUACGAUUUGCUCUACUGCUCACUUCAGUUAUAUGGAUUGUUGCAUGCGGAUUAAUUUGCAGUAUUUUCACUCCUGCGCAAUCAACAGUUAUGUAUUUUGGAAUAACAUUUGCUCGAUUGUUCAAUGCAAGUACUGGCUUAGUCACGCGUUCACAUAAUGAUGAAAAUCGUGCCCAAACGCCUGGCAUAGCUGUUUCUAAUCAUUUGUCAGCAAAUGAUAUUAUGGUCUUAUAUGGGGAUUGUUUCUAUGAUGGAAAAGGUUAUACGGUUACUGGUCAGAGUCACAAAGGUUUCAUUGAAACAUUACAAAAGUUUGGAUCCAACUUGACUCCAACACUCUGGUUGAACCGGGAAGAUCAGCAUCAGAGAAGUAACUUCCAGAAGAAAGUUAUGGACUACUCCAGUCAGCCAUCAGUUUAUCCAGUUCUUCUGUUUCCAGAAGGAUACUGUAGCAAUAAUGAUACAAUCUUACAAUUCCGUAAAGCUGUGUUCACGGGUGAAGUACCUAUAUAUCCAAUAGCUCUACUUCAGAAUGCUCGAGUUGGAGAUGCGUUUUGGAAAGAAGAUACUUACAUUCCAUAUAUGCUGAGAGUUAUGAGCUCAUGGGCAACUUCAUAUGAUAUCACAUAUCUCCAACCAAUGAUCAAAAAACCUUCAGAAGAUCCAGCUGAUUUUGCUGCUCGCGUUCAAUCAGCUGUUGGAUGUUCUAUAGCCAAAGAUGUCUUGCCAUACGAUGGGGGAUUGAAACGACAGAAAGAUCGAUUAAAGUAUCGUUCAAAAGUUCAAACAGCUCUAUUUGAGAGUUUGAUGAAGUCAUCUACAUAA